AUGGCAACACUAGUAUUUACUAAGUGGUUUCCCCUUUGGAGAGCCCUCGCUGCCUGCUCGGAUGGCGUUGCAGCCUUAGCCGACACCAAAACGGAGAGGGAAUUCAGCGUUACCUAUGGCCGGGCCCUGCGCCGUCGGCUUGGCAGCCGUCUCAGGCUGGUCUCGAGGCCAGCACUCGUGCUUUCGCAAUCGGAUACGGUUUCCCUGGAAAUCCAAAAGAAGCCGUCCCUGGACGGUCUGGGACAUGCCUUGGAGGAGAGAUCAGGGUCAGUGGCGUGCGUCGCGCCUUUAGCAAAAGUCGGGCGCAAAUUUGCCGUCCGAGUGAAAGAUCUGUGUGCAGCUACACGUUCCUGGGUAGAACUCCACUUCAGCAGUAAUGGAAAUGGCAGUGGAAACACUGUCACUCCGACGAGCCAAGAACAAGUACCUGCCUCUAUUUCCAUUCACAAUGGUGACAUGGAGAAAAUACUCCUCGAUGCUCAACAUGAAUCUGGAAGAAGCAGUUCAAGAGAAAGCUCACAUUGCGACAGCCCUCCUCGUUCCCAGACACCUCAGGACAGUCACAGAGCUCUGGAAAUAGAGUCUCACAGCAGUGGAGAAAAGAAUAGCUUUCAGUCUGAAGAAGAUUUUCUUGAAAGGAGGAAAGAAGUCGAAAGGCUCCUGAAGAAGAAUGCAGAUUGGAUAUGGGAUUGGUCCAGCAGGCCCGAGAACAUCCCCCCAAAGGAAUUCCUUUUUAAACAUCCCAGGCGCACAGCUACUCUCAGCAUGAGAAAUACCAGUGUAAUGAAGAAAGGGGGGAUAUUCUCAGCAGAAUUUUUGAAGGUUUUUCUUCCGUCUCUGCUUCUUUCUCACUUGCUUGCCAUUGGACUAGGGAUCUACAUUGGAAGACGCCUUACGACCACGGCUUCAAGCAGUACCUUUUAA